UUUCAGCAGGUAUUUUCUCAGUCGGCUGCUCUUCUUCAGUAACCAGCCAUGAUCCUCCAGGCGGCUGUGCUCAGCGUGUUCUUGUGCUUCGCCCACACUUUUGUUAUAGAGGCACCUUUUAAAAAAAGUGUUGAAAACUCCGGAAACAACACUGAGGGUGAUGAUUUCAGUAUCUCGACACUGCUGGAGAAGGCUAAUGCUAAUCUUGGAAAGAACUUGGAUGAACCUCUGGUCAUAUUUGGAGACAUAGCAGUGCCAACAGGUCUACAGAACGCUGAUCCGUGUACGGCUCGAGGCUGUUUGUGGCCUAAAAACAAUGGCAGAGUUGUUGUACCUUAUCGAAUCUCCGACCAGUACUCCCGCAGGGAACGUGACGUCAUCGAGCAAGGUCUGAGGUCAUUUGAAGCAGCCACGUGCGUCAGCUUUAGGCCCCAGAGCAGAGAAAGAGACUUUCUGGACAUUCAGUCUCGUGAUGGGUGUUACUCUUUUGUUGGGCGUCGUGGGGGUGGCCAGAUAGUGUCACUGAGUCGCCAGGGCUGUGUUUUCCACCAGAUAGUCCAACACGAGGUGCUCCAUGCCCUGGGCUUCGACCAUGAACAGACGCGUUCAGACAGAGACCAACAUGUACGCAUCUUGCUAGAGAACGUCAUCCCAGGGAUGGAGCAUAACUUUAGGAAAAUCAACACAAGGAACCUUGAUACUCCCUAUGACUACAACUCUGUUAUGCACUAUGGAAGGUUUGCCUUCUCAAGAGACAGGGAGCCAACCAUCGUUCCCAUACCCGAUGAGAAUGUAGCCAUUGGCAGAGCUACAGAGAUGAGUGCCAAUGACAUCCUUCGAGUGAAUCGCCUUUAUACCUGCA